AUGGCUAUUGUGGAGAUUGUGCUUUAUCUUCAAGUGACUGCCGCGAGCAGGGGCCGUAUAAUCGUGCUCGUCUUGCAAAAUGCCCUGGAUGCCUCGCUUCUGGUAUCUAUGAUAUAUCUUACCCGGCUUGUGCGGACAUUGAAAAACGCGAACACAGCUAGCCCCGGCAUUAUGACUACCACUGUGCAAACUACACAACCGGUAGCGCCUCGUCCCCCCGAACUGAGUGCCCAAACACAUCCACAAACCUCUGUUGCCGGAGCCGUACAUCCAGUCCCGGUUCAUGAAGUACCUGCAUAUAACACAUAUGCACAUCCGAACCUCACUCCGCAGCAGCGAGCUGAGCUCGAAGCGUUACCUCGAAGUCAAUCCCCGGGCCAGUGGAUAUUCGUCCCUAACGGUACUUUUCCACAAGACGGCCAGGUUCAAGCCGGCUCUGAUAUACAGUCUGAAGAGGCUGAGCUGUAG